UCGCAAGACAUUAUAUACAUGCACAGACAUACACACACAUACCCGCAAAUAUAGAACACGCGUAUUGAUAUAAAGAUGGGCUCUCGAGCCCAAUGCCACAAUUGAAGAUAUCUUUUACCUUUGUGCGUCUGCUAUAUUUGGGUUGUGAGUCAAAGUGCUUUUGUAGUUCCCAGCUACGCUAACAAAUCAGACAAUUUAAGUACUUUGCUGCAAUUAGACGUGCUCAAACUAACAGUGAUCUUUACUCAAACAACAUGUCCUGUAAUAAGCUAUAUUUUAGCAUGCUACUGCUCUACGUCAUCAAUUUGAUGAGUGCUGCCACGGUUACUACGCGCAUCGUGCAGCCCAGGGAAACAAGCAAUUGUGAAGGGCGACAGACACCCGGACCGAUUUGUGAGUCGUGUGAACUGCUCGCAACUUGCGUACAGCAUUCGAAUGGUUGGGUUAAUAUUCCCGUCGAAUCCUGUGAUGUGGCCAACGGCUUCUAUUGUAAUAUGCGACUGGGUACGUGUUCGAAUGCGACGGGUCCCUGCCAUCCCUUUGGCAUUGUGGGCAACUUUCAAUGCACCUCGCAGGGCAUCUUCCCGGAUCCCUACGACUGUCAGAAGUAUCAUAUGUGCUACUUUGUGGGCGCCACUCUGGUAGCAGCUGCUGUCGACUGUGGCAAUGACAAAGCCUUCGAUGCUCACACCGGCCAAUGCUCGAUGACGCUGGACAGCAAGGUAUGCACUCAACCGCAAUACGAAUGCCCCAGGGUGGGCUAUGUGGCUGCCUGGCCCAGUAAUCCCAACAUAUUUUACGUGUGCAAGUCGACGGUGAAUCAAAAUCUAAACGAUACAGUUGUCAUUUAUCCCUCGCUGCAUCGCUGCAACGAUGGUGAGAUCUUUGCGGAUUUCGUUUGUCGUCAAGGUAACCCGGGCUACCCCAUGCCCUCACCUGGCCUGCCAGACCUUGUGGAUCCCAACGAUGACAGCUUCAGUGUGCUGCCAGCUAAAUGCACACACGUCGGUCUUAUGCCCGACACGGACAACUGUCGCAAGUACUACUAUUGCUCCGCCCUGAAUGGGACAAUGCGCCACUUGGAGUGUCCCGCCGGCACCUACUACCGAAAGGAGCAGUCAGCCUGCGUGCUGGGCGCUUGCUAA